AUGCAUUUCGCCAUGUCGCCCGACAGCCUCCUCCUCUUCUACGCCGUCGCGGCGGCCGUCACCGCCGCCUUCGGCCUCUUCUCGCUGUACAGGCACCUCGCGCGCCGCCGGCGAAACCACUCCGGCAUGGAGGCUCUGGACGGGGACCCGGAGGAGCGCCGGCCGCUCGCGGUGACUACGGCGGCGUCGAGCCUUCUCCCACCGUUCAUGUACAACCGGCUCGUCCGGCACAGCGGCAAGGGCAACGGUGCAGGCUCGACGGAGUGCGCGGUCUGCCUCGGCACCAUCCGGGUGGGCGCCAUGGCAAAGCUGCUGCCGGCGUGCGCCCACGUGUACCACGUCGAGUGCAUCGACCUGUGGCUUGCCUCGCACUCGACGUGCCCUCUCUGCCGGUGCAGGGUUGGCGAUGAUCGCUCGGCCCAGGACCUUGCUUAUCUUUCACCUGCAUAGAUUGAUCAACCAUUACAUCCGCAAGAGAUGUCUAUACAGCCUUUUUUUCCUCUUUUUCUGAACUUCGAGAUAAAACCUGCAUGUAUGCUGUUGUAUAUAGUGUGAACUGUAGACUCGUGCGUUUCUCUGGA